AUGGGUCUUCCUUCGAAGGUGGAUCUGCGGGGGGUAAUGGUGAUUUCGGCGGUGCUGCGAGGCCUGCUGGUGGCGUACGGUGAGUGGCAGGACGCCCACAUGGAGGUCCGCUACACCGACGUCGACUACCUCGUCUUCUCCGACGCCGCCGCGCUCAUGGCGGCGGGUUCUUCCCCAUUCCGGCGGUCCACCUACCGCUAUUCCCCUCUCCUCGCCGCCCUCCUCGUUCCCAACUCCCUCCUCCACCAUUGCUGGGGGAAGCUCCUCUUCUCCGCCGCCGGUGAGUCUGAUGAAGAUUCCUUCCUCUUCCCCUACUCUCUCCCCUCCUCAGUGAUGCAUGAUCUUCUUCUGCUCAGAGGGAGGAACUAGAUAGAACUCGAGGGAUCUCAGGAGGGGGGUCAUUCGAGUCCAGGGUUUGGGCUUCCCUGUGCGGAUCAUGGAAAUGCUCAUAAUGCGCGCGUAAGAUGAGCAUCUGUUUAUUUGCCUAGUUGAAAACUCUGUAAAACUAGUAAAUCGGAAGAAUCCCCGAUAUUGUUCUUGUUGUGCUCUGGAUUUCUCUAUAGAAAUCUCGGCUGCAAGGGAAUACGCGCGUGAGUUGCUCGAGCAUUUGUCUAGUCGGAACUACAGUCGGAGCUUCGAUUGAUGUCAUGUGAAGUCAAGUCUUUGUACCCCGUGGACCAUUUCUCUUGAUGUCUGAUUCUUCUUCUUCUUCUUCGUCUUCCUCUGCUUUCCUCCAUUCCUCAGAUUUGUUCGUUGGGUAUUUCAUUCACGUCAUCCUGAAGCUGCGCGAGGUCCCUGAGAAAUUGCGCCUGUACAGUGUUGUGGCCUGGCUAUUUAAUCCCUUUACCUUCACCAUUGGGACUCGAGGAAACUGCGAGCCCAUUGUCUGUGCGAUCGUGCUGUGGAUCAUAAUAUGUCUUAUGAAAGGUUUGUGCUCUCUGCCCUCCGCCCUCGAGAAUCACAUACCCGAGCUCAACUGUUUUCUCUGCUUUUUUAUUUUUCAAAGAUUUUGGAAUGCUGCUUCGAGAAACAGUAUGUGAAUAGCUGAAUGUCGACAGAGUUCCUCAGAUAACCAAAAUUUGCGAGUAGGCAUUAGCGAGUGUUGUGCUCUACUGCACCUUCGUUUUUAUUGGACCGCAGGGAGAUGUUCGAAUAGCUGGGCACGUAUAGGAUUUAUAUAAAAUUCACAUGAAUGCCAAGAUUUUUAUGUCCUUUGCCAGUGGGCAUUAGUGUACACAUUAAUGUGUGUGGCGACUCCCCGUUUUUUGUCAAGAAGUUAAAUUUUAUGUAUUAAUGUGAUAUCAUUUCUCGAACAUAAAACUUAACUUGAGUGGGUAAUUUACUGCACCUGUAACAUCAUGUUCUUCCCUCUCUUUUCUUUUUUUCUUUUGAAUAACUAGUUAACUGUUAGGGCAUAUCAGUACAUACCCGACAUACUUUCACUUGAAAACUAAGAAAAUAAAUAAAUGGUACCUGAGCCACCCGAGUGUAACACAGGUUGCCAUUGCCCAACCAAAGAUUCAGGCUGUUAGUGGUACCAACCAAUAUAGUCACUGAACCUUGUCGAUUCGUGCAGCUUUUCUUUGGUUUGUGCAUUAUACUUUUAUCCGGGUCCAUUCAUCAUGGAGGAUUCAGAGCAGUGUUUUUGACUUAUGGGUGAAAAUCUCCGUGAAAAGAAAAGAUGCCAUAAGUUUACCUUUCCGGAAAUUAUCUAUAUUUUUUUAGGACAGAAUGAUGUCCAGAAAUCCUUGUACAUCAUACCUUCUUUUUUUAUUUCGCCAUUACAAGUGUCGAUGAAAAAUGGCUAGCAUUGUGUUUCAGUUUCAUUGUUGUAUACGUGGGAGAUUACUUCAAUUGUUUUAGUUCUUCCAUUCUCACCUUUUGUGUUGGUUAAAUGCGUUAUAUGUAGUAAUUUCAGAGUAAUAGAUGUUCUGCUUUAAAUUCUCUCGGAAGAAUAUAUGUUGACAGUUGUCUGCUUGUUCCUCUCUUUUCUUUCACCAGGAAAUGUAUUGCAGGCAGCAUUUUGGUAUGGGCUUGUCGUCCACUUUAGAAUCUACCCUGUCAUAUACUCAUUGCCAAUCCUUCUGGUUCUCAAUGAAAAUGUUCUUCAGUGUCGUGGAAAGCCCUCCCUCAUGCUGUGGAGUUCUACUCAGGAUAUCUCAGCGCCAAGUUCUUUUAUAGCAAUGGCAAAUUUAAAAGCUUCAUUCUGGUUGAUGAUUUCUGAUCCUUUCAUUUGCCUUAAAAGUUUUCUAACAAGAAGCAGGGUGCUAUUUGGGUUGGUCUCUGCUUCAAUUUUUUUCCUCUGUACGGCUCUUUUCUUCUGCCUUUACGGCUGGGAAUUCUUAAACGAGGCACUAUUGUAUCAUCUCACUAGGACUGACCCGAGGCAUAACUUCUCAAUCUACUUCUAUCACAUUUAUCUUCGUCACCAAGAUGGGUUCUCGGUUAUCGAGAAGCUGGUGGCUUUCUUUCCCCAGUUGAUAGUGCAAGCGGUUCUUGUCUUGAGCUUCUCUCAAGACCUCCCAUUUUGCAUGUUCGUGCAAACAGUCGCCUUUGUCGCCUUCAACAAGGUUGGUUAUUAUUUCCAUUUCCUUGGGUGCAUUUGAGUUAUGAGAUAAAUAGCCAAGAAAAGUUAUUAAGAAAAAUGGCUGACUCUAUAAGUUUCAUCUCAGGCAUUAAAUGCGAACUGCCUCGAGUUUCAUCUCCUUUUAAAAAGAAAAAAAUAUAUAUAUAUCCAUGACUCUAUAACCUGUUUCACUCUGGUAGAGUGAGUAGCUACGCUAAUAAUCUUAGCCAUCAAACACAAAUUUAUGUCAAGUUUCGAUUUCUUCUGCCCAAGGAAACAGGUACACUCUCGUAUAUAUGAUUCACAGCUCUGAUCCUUUCGCCUGAUUCAAUUCCUUGGCAGGUUAUCACGGCGCAGUAUUUUGUGUGGUUCUUCUGUUUAUUGCCUCUAAUUCUUCCUUGGAGCAAGAUGAAACUAAGAUCUGAGGGCCUAAUCUGUAUAUCGGUCUGGAUGGGCUCCCAACUUCAUUGGCUGAUGUGGGCCUACCUGUUGGAGUUCAAGGGCAAGAAUGUGUUCAUUCAGCUGUGGGCAGCAAGCAUAAUCUUCCUCCUUGCUAAUGCAUACGUCCUGGUCAUGGUUAUCCAACGCCACAAACUCGCGUCGCUCUUUGUAUCAGAGUCAAGCGGGAAUCCUAAAGCUGAUUGA